AGAAAACCCGGGAAACCUACCGCGAACUCGUCUGUCACCGUUAGGUAGUUUUCGCUAGAUUUGAUGUAUGAUAUUUGUUCAACUUUCCUUCUGAACUCCCUCAAAGCACUCCUGCUCAGCUGAUAUGGGUGAAGACGGCCCUUCGGAUGACUACGAUCCACAUGGAGAUCGUAAGGACGAUCCCCGCGAGAGACGGCGAAUUCGACAUGAAUAUCGCGAACUGAUCGCUGAAACUCAAAGAAACAGACAUGAUUUUAUCAAGCCUGAAUCAACAGGCUUAAAUCAAGCACUUGAGAAAGCUGAAGGGUUAUUUAAGAAAGCAACCCAUACCAGAGAGGCUGUUCUGGACUCACAUUUUCUAGUGUUGGCAUCAAACCUUGGAAGUCAACAGGCUCAGCAGCUGCAAACACACUUAGUAACAUUUGAUCCUGAUGUUUUUGUUGAGAAAUUGAUAACUUUUAUGGGAGGCAGAAAUGUUUCAGAUAUGACUGGAGGAGAUGAUGAGGAUGAAGAGAUGCCUGCUCAAAGGCGGCAACCCCCACGGCACCUUGACUGGAAGAAGCUUGGUAGAAAAGCCUGUGUAGCCUUUCGGAGAACUCCAAAUGUUGACUUUAUGUUUGGUCCAUUAUCCAUGGAACCUCCAGUUAAAGUACGGAGAGAUAGAAACACUAUGAAAAAAAAUGAAAAACCUGAUGCUAAUCAGUUAGUGAAACCAAGACAGUUGGAGAAGGUAGAAACUAAAGAAGAAGCUACUACUAAAGAAGUAGACAGACUACAUCAAAUCCUCUAUGACAACACAGUUUCUGAGGAGGGUGAUGAGUAUGAGAUAACUCCAGUGUCUCUGUUUGACUUUAUCAUCAAUCCUAAUUCAUUUGGGCAAACAAUUGAGAAUCUUUUCCACUUGUCCUUUCUCGUUAGGGAUGGUAGAGCAGAAAUAAGUCUUGAUAAUCAGGGACUACCAGUUGUAUCAUACCAAGAAAUGCCUGGUGAGGAUGAGCAGACAGGAAAGCAGCAAGUUGUUGUUCAUCUCACUUUGAAAGAGUAUGAGGAAAUUAUCAAAACAUUUAACAUCACACAGCCAAUGAUUCCACCUCGCCCAAGGAUGGGCCUGGCCAAUGGUGCUGGUCCCAGUAAUGAUGGAAAUGAGAGUGAUAAUGAAGGAGAAGGGGAUGACAAUUAACUCUUUUAAUGAAUAUUGAAUGACUACAUGUACCAAGAGUUCACCUCGAAAUGAGGUGCAAUUUUUCCACCGGUAGAGUGUACUGAACUUGGAGUAAACAUUGUCUGUUUUUACCACCUUUUUUUACAUUGAAGGCUGCAAAACCUAUCAUUUUGUCGUUGAAGAGGAUUCAGUCAGUAUCCUUCUUUACAGAACUUAUUUGGGCAUAGUAGUCGCCCUGUUUAUUCAAUAGUUGGUAGGGUUGAUUUGUUGUUUUAUGAGGCAAUCUACAGUUACAUUGUACAUACAUAGGAGUGUUGUUUUAGACCAAAGCAUAUAAAUUCCUCCUUUUAUUGAAUUAGUGAAUAAACAUGAAUGUAACAUAAUAGUUUUCUUGGAUUAAUACUCUUUCAUUAAAAAAAAGUAGCUGCUUAAAUUUUUUGGAAAUAAGUCAUAAUUGCCAAGCUCAUUGUUUUUUUUGUAAUAGUGUAGUCUGAUCAUCUGGGUGAGUACAGUCUUGACAAGGACUGACUAUCAAUAAGGAGAUUAUUAGUUGAUCCAAUAUUCUCCAAAGUGACAUAAGAAUUGUAGGGCAGACAGAAAGCAAAUUUGUUGUAAUGAGAUCUUGGGUGUGAAAGGGCUUAACUUAUCACUCCCAGGAUCAAAGUUUAGACUCUCCACACUGUUUGUCAUACAUUUCUUUUAAUUUAAGCUGUAAAAUUGUUUCAGAUCAAAUUAUAUCCCCUAUAUGAAUGUUUCUCUCCCCUAUUACUAACUUUUCAACCAAAGUUGUACUGAUAUUUUAAGGAAAACCACCUUGUUACUUCUGAAAGUGAAAGGGUAAUAAAGUGCCACAAAAGAGACUAGGGCUGCUGAGUAACCAGAAAUAUGUUUCUUCAGUAUCACAAAAAUAACAUUCUAAGAGAAAUUAUGAACUAACAGAAACAAAUCAGUCUUUAGACUGAAUCUCCAAGUUACUCUGUUCAAACAUGAAUAGAUAAAAAAAAAGAAGACAUUAAAAAGUACACUUGUCAUAAUUGAAUUCUAUUGUGGUUAAAGCACUUAAUUGAAGCAUACAAUUUGAGAUUGCUGGCAAUCUUUUUUAUUCAGAUUUAGCCAUGAGUUUGGAUGUAAUAAUUUAUAGUGUAAUGUUAGGUUUACAUGCAAAGUAUUGUUUAUUUAAGAGCUACAGUUUAAGUUUAAUCAAAAUAAAACUUAGUUAUUGAA